CCUCGUCCUCCAUGGCCUCUCUCAAAGUUGAAGCGUCAGAGCAUCCCUUGGCCUCGGUCACUAUCUUCAAAUCCGCCAAAGCAGAGGUCGUUCGUAAUUUCCAGCUCUCUCUUGGACAAGGACAAAUCAAACUGGAGAUACACGGUCUGCCAAGCUCCAUAGAUCCCAACUCUGUGCGAAUUACAGGCCUAGGAAACGUGCAGUUAUUCGACAUCGCAUGCACUGUCGGUCAGGUUCAGCCUUUGCCUACCGGCGCUGCAGAGGCCAUCCGCGGCCUCCAGUCCAAGCGUGCAUUGCUCCAAGAGGAAAAGAAAAUAAUUGAUGCGACGAUGGUCGCCCUGAACAGCUACGCGACCACUAUGAAAGGCGACAGUAUCGGACCGAAAGAAGCAGACAGCUUCCUGGACACUUAUAUGACUCGUGCGCGAGCACUGAUCAAAGUCAGUGCUGAUUUCGACGAACAGGUUUUACUUCUGGAUAGGGAGAUCAAGAACUUAACGCUGGAGCAGUCGGCCAAGCAGGGUAGGGCCGAGGGCCUGGUGACUGUGAUAGUGAUGGCUCAAGCAGCGACGGAUGUUGAGCUCAAGCUGACUUAUGUUGUACGAAACGCGACGUGGUCGCCUACGUAUGAACUGCAGGCAAAGUUCGAGGGUGGCAAGCCUGCUUCUGCUGUCUCGCUUCACUAUCGUGCACGGAUCACGCAGAGCACGGGCGAAGACUGGACGAACGUUGCACUGACUCUGAGCACGGCGGCCAUGGACGGGUCAGACCAGCGCAUUCCUGACCUCGAGCCCAUCCGUAUCAGCCCACCUCCCUCUACGUCUCUUUUAGGUCCACCCGGUGUUCCCCAAAUCCUUCCAUCGGCAUCUCAGCUUCCGCCGAAAGAGCCGCCAGUCAGCCGUGGCCUUGGAUCAGCUCGUAGUGGUGCUUGGAUCGAGAAUUCUGGCUACUUUGGCGCCUCAUCGCCCUUUGGCUCAUUGCGCGAGAGAGACAGAGAGGUCAUCACUACGCCGCCAGCGCCACUGCCCGCGUUCACAGAGCCCAGGACGAUCAUGAAUGCGAGCCCUUUAUCCAUGUCCUAUCGUGUUGAGGGCAAAUCAAGCAUCCCGAGCGACGGCGUCGCGCACAAUGUGUCCAUCGCUCACCUUCAGUUCGAGGCCGAGGUCGCCCACAUCGCCGUUCCACGCGUAAAAGCGGUCGUGUAUCUGCAGGCUGCGGUGAAGAAUACGAGCGAUUACUGGCUGCUGCCCGGCCCAGUGAACGUGUUCCUUGAUGAUAGUUUCGUCUCUCAAACUUCAAUACAGGAUAUCGCGCCGGGUGACACGUUCGACUGCACGCUCGGGCCCGACUCGUCGACGAAGAUCACGUACGCGCGCCAGUCGAAGCUCGUCGUCGCGAGCGCGAGCGCGUUCUCGGAGCCGUUUAAGACGACGACGUUCACCGCGCGCACGAUCGUGCACAACAGGCACGUGUUUGCGCUGGAGCGCCUCAUUUUGCGCGAUGCGAUCCCCGUCUCGGUCGAGGAAGAUCGCGUGCGGGUGAUCCUGCGUCGUCCCGGGAUCCUCGCGGAGGCGAAGGAAGGCGAGGAUUGUGUAAUCUCCCAGUCCGACGGGGGCGUGGGCGUGGAUGGUCUCAAGGUGCGCUGGAGGAAGGCACAGGGAGAUAAAGGUGGGAAGAAGGAGGGCAUGUUUGAGUGGGUUGGGGCUGUGGGCGCUGGGAAGGAGAUCACGAUCGAGACGGAGUGGGAUGUGAAAGCGCCUGCUGAUGUCAACUGGGUCGAGACGAGCUGAAGUAGUCGCACAAUGGCCUGCGACAUUAUGAUUCUGGGAUCAAUAUCUGUGUGUGUUUUUCGACUUGAUUUGGGAAAUCUAUAUCUGAUCAGCAGAGGGGAAUCAUGUGUACAAAUAUGCAUCCUUGUGUGUUUGAUUUACAUUCUUAGACAAUGUCUUUCUUGUUCGUGUGCGUUC